AGAGCUAUAAAAAAUGGGAAGAGGGCGCUUUAAGGAGAGGAGCCAUUUGCUUCUUUUGUGCUUGUUUGUUACCUAGCGGCCUGGGAGCUGCCAGCCGCCCUCCUCCUGCCCGUCAAGGUGAGCAGGGAAAGUUAGGGCCGGCCCCGGGUUUUCCUCCUGCCCCACCGCCCCGCUAUGCGCCCGGCGGUCGCCCCGUCCAGCCCCGGCCCGGCCCGGGAGCUGCGUCCCGGCCGCCCCGCGGGGAGCUCGGGAGUGCUCCCGCGCAGGGUGGGGGCCAGGCAGUUCACCCCCUGCUCUGGGCUUUGUCUUCGGCGCUGCGGAGCGACGAGACCGAAGCGGGCUGGUGGCCCGGGUAAAAUUAUAAUGAGGGGUUCUGGCUGCCACAGACGGCGGCACCGGCCCGGGCUCCGUUUGCCCCGAGCAUCGGGGGCACAGCAAGCCCCGCCGCCGCUACCCCUCUCCAAAGCCACCCGCGGGCUCGCAGCAAAAGGCCUCGGGCUGGAAACCGGCCCAUUCCGGCCCCGACAGGGAGCUUUGCUGUGCGCUGGAACCCGGCCGCUGCCUGCUCCUUCUCCUCGCGCUGCCCCCGGUCGUGAUCACCCACCACCCCCGGCCCCAACCAAGCCGAAGAAGCCGCCGACAUCCCGGCAGCGAUUCCGGCCCGCGCCCCGCCGCGCAGCCCGUCCGCGGGUACCCCCGGCACCGACACUCUUCCAGGGGGGCCCUACCCCGCCGCCGAGCUACCUGCGCCCCGGCCCGCGCAGCCCGCUCCGACACAGGGCAUUGGGAAAAAGGAGCACGACAAAUUCGACGGAAGCCUUCGGUUUUUAUUGGAAAAGAAAUGUUUGCCUUACCUGGAACCAGGCUCUCCCCUUCUUCCCCUCAUUAAAAAAUCAAACGGCUCUGGGUAGAGCCGAAGAAAGACAUUUUAAAUAAACUAGUAGUCGAAAUUAACAGGAGGGAGAAAUAGAAGGAAAAAAAAUAUCGAGGGUGGGGGAAAAAAUAAUAUACCGCCGGAUAUUUUUCGUUUUGUUUUGUUUUCGCUUAUUAUUAUUUUUCACUAUACUGUAUUAUCCUGAUGCAAUAAAGGCUGGUUUGUAAUGUAAUUUAAAAAUAUAUAUGUCCAAACAAAUAGCAGGGCCAGAAUAUGACAAGUGCAUACAGCAUUAUAAUUCAACUGGGCUCCACCUCCAUACCGCCUCCUAAUUAAUGGGUCUCCGAACUUGCAAAAGCCUGCAUUGGACAGAGAGAGAGAGAGAGAGCGAGCGAGAGAGAGAGAGAGAGAGAGAGGGCGAAAAGUGUCAUUGAAGAUAAUUGAUUACCUCCCAAUCAACAAUAACUUGUUAGCAAUAGUCAAUUACCCCGUCUCUUCUCGCCUCUUCCCCCUGGUCCGAGGUCUCGGUGUAAGGGCUGCUCUCCCCCUCUCCGAAGUCGUCUUUUUAAAUUUUUUUCCUUUUUGUUUUCUUUUUUAAAAUUAUUGAGGGGGGAAGUAUUCGCUUUUGGGGUAGGGGGGGAGGGCAGGGAAAGUGCUGCGAUUUGGGGUGUUUCUUAAAAUAGCAGCUGGGAAGAGGAAGAGAGAGGAGAGGAGAGAGCGAGCAAGCAGAGAGUGAGAAAAGAGAGGGGGGGGGUGAAAAAUCCCCGAUCCAAAACCCUGGGACAAGAGGUGCAGCAGGACCACCUCUCGGCGAGGGACCGACGGCAGCUCCGCUCCGGCCACAGCCCGCCGCCCGACGUGGCUCUCCCUGGGAGGACCCGGGGCUCCUUCGCCGGAGUUGGAGGUGGGCUUCAACUUUUGCUCGCUGUCUCCGCCGCCGUCACCCCGCGGUCCCGCCGGGGGCUUCUCCCCGCGGCAGAGCAUCCCCGUCGCGGGUGGGGAAGGCAGCCCCGAGCGGCCCGGCCCCACCAUGACUUCCAAAGAAGAACCCAAGCCCUCUUCGGGGGAAGAACGGCGGCGGAGCCCCUUGGAUCACCUCCCACCGCCGGCCAACUCCAACAAGCCACUCACUCCCUUCAGCAUCGAGGACAUCCUCAACAAGCCCUCGGUGCGAAGAAGUUACACCCUCUGCGGAACGGCCCACCUCCUCUCUGCCUCCGAGAAGCACCCCCCGGCCGGGUUGCCCCUCUCCGGCCGGGCGCUGCUCUCCCAAACCUCACCCCUCUGUGCCCUGGAAGAGCUGGCCAGCAAGACCUUCAAGGGACUGGAAGUCAGCGUGCUGCAAGCGGCCGAAGGCAGGGACGGGAUGACGAUCUUCGGGCAGCGGCAAACGCCGAAGAAGCGUCGAAAGUCGCGGACGGCCUUCACCAACCACCAGAUCUACGAGCUGGAGAAGCGGUUCCUCUACCAAAAAUACCUGUCACCGGCGGACCGGGACCAGAUCGCCCAGCAGCUGGGUCUCACCAACGCCCAGGUCAUCACCUGGUUCCAGAACCGCCGCGCCAAGCUCAAGCGAGACCUGGAGGAGAUGAAGGCCGACGUGGAAUCAGCCAAAAAGCUGGGCCCCAACCCCGCCGUGGACAUCGUGGCCUUGGCCGAGCUGGAGCCCAGCGCCGAGGGAAGGGGCAAGGCGCGCUCCGGUUCCCCUCCGCGGCCCCCCUCCGCCGCCCGGGAGCCCGGCGCCCCGCCGCCGCCCCGCCCCGCCUCGCCACCCACGGAGCGGCCCCGCAGCCGCCGGGACAGCGAGGAGGAGGAGGAGGAGGAGGAGGAGGACGUGGAGAUCGACGUGGAUGACUGAGGGGCGGCCGGCGGGCCUCCCACACCACCACCCCCUCCCCUCGCCCUGUCCCGUUCAACCCCCCACACCCCGGCAGCUCCAAAUUGGCACCCCCGGCCCCCCAUCCCGGCCCCGGCAGCGCGGCAAGGCGGCUGCUCCACUCGGUCGGAGCAAUAAGCAAUAGAAACCCACCACACACACACACUCAAAUUAAUUUAGAGUAGAAUCGGUGUCCCUCCGCCUGUCACAUCUUGGAAUGGUGCAAUUAUGGACGGGUUCUGUAUAAAUAUUUAAACGUAUAUAUUGGAUUAUUUUCCUUCCCCCUUCUUUUUGAGGUUUUGAUUUUUUUUUUAAUAGCUAUCAAUGACGAUUAUUUUGUCUAUAAGGGAGACGCAUAAUCUUGGAAUAAACUCGGCUUCCAACACAUGUUUGGGUAGGCAGUUGUUUUCAAAGACUUCGGAAACGAACCACUUUAUAGGAGAUUUAAAUUAGGCAACAGCAAAAAUCAGCCACUUUUCUUUCCUUGCAUGUUUCAGAUGUGCACGAAGUAAUUUUUCCUUUUAAAAAUAUUUUUUUCGCAAUUUUGGGAACUUGGGGAUGGGUUAUAAUGCAAGUUGAAAAAUAUAUACUUUCUUUUUUUUUUCCUAGAGCAUAGAGAUUUGUCUCCAAUGCAAUUUCUGCCUCAUUUUACCGAUUAAAAGCUAUUUUUACCAUUUUCUGCUAUUGUUGUGCUUUUAUUAAAAAGCUGCCUUUCGUAUUUUUUAUAUGAAGGUGGUAACAAAAAAAAAAAAAAAGGAAAAUGAAAAAAAUCUUAGAAUUAUUUUUUACUCUUUUUAGAAUUUUUGCAUGCUACGAAAAUAAAAAAGGACAAAUCCCAAGAACAAUACGUUUAAAUAUUACACUAUAAAUUUAAAAAAUGUACAGAUUUAAAUCCUGGUUUUGUUUGAAUUGUACAAAUUUUAAAAGGCCUGCUAUUUAAGUUCCGAUAGGGACAAUGUCGCUUUAUUUACUGUCUCUUAGAAUUGUACAGAUAGCUCUUUUUUCCGAUACAAUAAAAUCUUUACCAUUUUAAUAGA